AUGGGAAAGCCAAAAUAUCUGAAGAAAAAACAGGAGGCAACAGCGGUGACUGGGCAGCAGCAGAAGUCGUCGUCGGGAUCACAGGCCAAUCCGGAACUAAAUGUGCCACAGAGCUCAGGGGCGAUGGUGUCUUUUGCAAAUCCUGUCUUUCGUGAUGGCGUGAGCGAUAUCCUUGUUGAAAAGAUUGAUGUUAGCUAUCAGGGUGUUUCCAUCCUAGAGAACGCGACGCUGAACCUUGUAACGGGGCACCGCUACGGUCUUGUGGGCCCCAAUGGGUGUGGGAAGUCCACCCUGCUGAAGGUGCUCGGAUACCACGAGAUCCCGUUUCCAAAGCACGUGGAUCGCUACUUUGUCUCACAUGAAGUCGAGGCGUCGGAUAUCACGGCACUUGAGGCCGUUGUGUCCGUCGAUAAAGAAAAGGAGAAUUUGGAAAAAGAACUUGAGGAGUUGGCACUUGCGGACCAGGAAGACAUGGCGGUGAACAUGCGCAUGGAUGAAAUUUACAAGCGAUUGGAUGAACUUGACGCGGACACGGCGGAGGCACGCGCCGGGAAAAUUCUGUUUGGUUUGGGAUUUACGCCUGAGAUGCAGCAGCGGCUGACAAAGUCCUUCUCUGGUGGUUGGCGUAUGCGUAUCUCACUGGCGCAAGCCCUUUUUAUAAAUCCAACGGUUCUUCUUCUGGACGAGCCGACGAAUCAUCUUGACAUUGAGGCCGUUGUAUGGUUGGAGAAUUAUCUCUCCAAGUUUAAAAAGAUUCUGUUCAUGGUGUCACAUUCACAGGACUUUAUGAAUAACGUCUGCACGAAAGUGGCUCACAUGGCCCGUGGCAAACUCACGUAUUACGAUGGCAACUAUGACCAAUACUGCAUCACCCGUGCGGAGAAGGAGAGCAAUCAGAUGCGUCGUUUUCAGUGGGAACAGAACCAAAUUAAAAGUAUGAAGGAAUAUAUCGCCCGAUUCGGUCAUGGCAGCGCCAAACUUGCUCGCCAGGCCCAGUCAAAAGAGAAAACGCUUGCCCGAAUGGUACGUGGCGGUCUGACGGAGUCCAUAGCGAAAGAUCGGCAGGUCAACUUUGGAUUUCCCUGCGCGGGCCCUCUGCCGCCGCCGAUGCUGCAAUUCCGUGAGGUUUCUUUUGCAUACCCCGGCCGCGAUCCUCUCUUUAGGGAUCUUGAGCUUGGAAUCGAUAUGGAGUCCCGCAUUUGUCUUGUAGGUCCCAAUGGUGCUGGUAAGACAACCCUGACAAAACUGAUGUGUCGUGAACUAGAGCCAACUUCCGGUUAUGUGGCCAAGAAUGCACACUGUGUUAUUGCCCGCUUUCACCAGCAUUUUGUAGACCAAAUUGACAUGUCUCUUACCCCACUGGAGUGGAUGGGUCAGGAAUAUUCCUCUGUCUCGGACCCAACUAUUCUGCGCAGUGCCCUCGGACGUUUCGGUGUUUCCGGCAAGCUGCAAAUGACGCCAAUGUCUACUCUGUCAGAUGGACAGAAGUCACGCGUUGUGUUUGCAUGGAUGGCCUUUAAAACUCCUCACUUGAUGAUCCUUGAUGAGCCGACAAACCAUUUGGACAUUGAGUCCAUAGACGCCUUGGCGGACGCUGUAAACUGCUUUGAGGGAGCUGUCGUGGUCGUUUCGCACGAUCUCCGUCUCAUUGCGCAGAUUGCGGAUGAAAUUUGGAUUGUGGAUAAGGGAAGUUGCCGCAAGUUUGAUGGCGACAUUGCCGACUAUAAGGAGCACGUCCAGCGUGAGGUGAACCGCAUGACGGAAGACUACGCCAAAAGGAAGUAA